AUGGGAUGCACACUAAGUCGGGCAGCUGAAUGGACAUCAGCAAGAGGAGGAUCGUCAGGAAAACUCUCAAGCUCGUCCAUUAAUAACGCUAUACUGGAGGAAGCUGUCUACUUUCUAAAAAACUAUCAAACCACCAACCCUGGUGCACAGAAUCUUGUUUUCAAAAAUGCCCUGAAGUGGAAAACUAGCUUAUUACCACAGGAUAUGAAGGGAUUCACAAUAACGGAAAUCCGCCAGUCUCCAGAGGCCGUUGAACAUGAAAUAGAAGUUCUUGGAAAGGCUUUAUUCACCGGGAAACCUGAUAGCAUUUUGGAUUACAUUCGUCCGACAGGAGUAUUCACCAUGAUCCAUGAAAACGGUUGCCGGGCUCCACCAUGGCGCCAAAUGCACGGUGAUAUCGCCUAUUUCGAGGUGGGCAUACGCAACCCAAGGUCCGAGUUGUCCGUCACGGCAGCCACUUACGGAUGGUUCCCGAAUGGAGGCUAUAAUCAAAAGACCGGACAAAUGAAUUUCGAUAGAGUUGGUGAAGUGUAUCCCAGACUGGUGAACUUACUACAGGCAAACAGUUCAUCCUUCUCCGAAUUUAUGAGAAAUGUAAACCUGAACAACUUUGCUGAACAUUCUCCGAAAUCGAGCUCACCUGAACCGAUGGUGCAAAAAAAUUCAGGGAGUCAGAAGGAUGAUUCCAAAUUAUCACAAUCACAAACAAAGGCAGGUACUGUUGAAAAGGCAAAAAAACGCCCAAUGAAUGAGUUGCCAGUGGUUACGCAGCCCAGUCAGAGGUGGCAAACCGUUGGACUUCGAUCGACUCAUGUCCCGAAGAAAGCUGUUACAGAAGCAUGCGGUGAUCAAACAGCUGUGAGAUCUGUCCAGUCUUCCGUGCGGCGUAAAGGUAGAAAUCGGUCAUCGGCCAAGGAGAACAUGAACAUAGUAAAUCGUGAUUCACCGGCUCACUCGGACAAUGAAUGGCCCAUAGUAGACUCCAAUAACAGCACUGAGAUCCAGAAUAAACGCAAAUCAGUCGGUAUACGGAGGACAAUGGACUCAAAUGUGGCUAACUCGGAUCAGCUUGCAGAAGAAACGGAGAAGAAAGAUAAUGAGGAAAUUCCGGAAGCUUCAGAAAGUAAAGAAGUACCAUUCGAAAAAUUUGAUGGACUAAAGGCUACAUCUACGGAUGUGAUUGAGUCUAUAAUCGAGCCCUCAGUUAUUCAGCAUCGCAGUGCGCAGCCGAAGCCGCACGUAUCUUCUGGACACGAAGACAGCAUUAACGAUGUCAGUUCAGAAAGUGAGACAGAAGAAGAGGACGACGUUCCUGAGCAUCCUGGAGAGUCACACGUUGAUUUGCCAUCCGAAUACUGGCAAAUCGGAAAAAUCGUCAAAUAUCUAAAGGGUGGAAACCAAACCUCGACGAUUAUCUCACUGUGUGCGCUGUAUGAUAUGCCUUUGAAUACCGAAGUCUGCCAACUGGCUGUUCGAGACGUUGGAGGGCUCGAUGUUCUGAUAAACCUGUUAGAAACCGAAGAAGUUCGAUGCAAGCUCGGAUCGCUGAAGAUUCUGAGGGAAAUCACGAAGAAUUCCAAAAUUCGACGUGCUAUCGCAGACGUGGGAGGGCUCCAGCCGCUGGUCAAUUUAUUGCGCAGUCCUAACAGAGACCUGAAGUGUCUUAGUGCCGAAGUGAUAGCAAACGUUGCAAACUUUCACAGAGCUAGACGAACUGUCCGCCAGUACGGUGGAAUCAAGCGCCUGGUCGCACUGCUCGACUGUUCAAGCUUAAAUGCGAUUCCCAUGACCACCGAUGUAGAGCGAGAUAUUGAGGUCGCACGCUGUGGAGCUCUAGCUCUGUGGUCUUGCAGCAAAUCUCGGAAGAACAAACUAGCUAUGAAGAAGGCUGGCGUGAUAUCACUUUUGGCUCGCUUGCUAAAAUCCCCUCACGAGAACAUGCUGAUUCCUGUGGUGGGAACUCUGCAAGAGUGCGCAUCGGAGCCUACGUACCGGGUCGCUAUCCGAACAGAAGGAAUGAUCGAAGAUUUGGUGAAGAACCUGAAAAGACCAAACCCCGAGCUUCAGAUGCAUUGUGCAUCUACCAUAUUUAAAUGUGCUGAGGAGCCAGAAACUCGUGAUCUUGUUCGACUCUACGGUGGUUUGGAACCACUCAUUGUCCUCCUGACCAAGCAAGACAAUAAAGAACUCCUGGCAGCCGCAACUGGAGCGAUAUGGAAGUGUGCAAUCUCAAAAGAAAAUGUAGUACAAUUCCAAAAAUUGGGUGUGAUCGAAAAGCUCGUGGGACUAUUGAAUGAACAACCGGAAGAGGUGCUGGUCAACGUCGUUGGUGCGCUUGGGGAAAUGGCCAAAGAUGCCAAUAAUAUUGUUACCAUUAGAAAGACACAUGGAAUCCCACCACUUGUUUCACUCCUGACGAGAACCAACCAAGAUCUGCUUAUAAAUACCACCAGGGCUAUAGAAAAAUGUGCCGGAGAACCAGAAAGUAUGAGUAUAAUAGAGAGUUUGGAUGGCGUUCGUCUACUGUGGUCCCUGCUGAAAAAUCCUAAUCCUGAGGUUCAGUCUGGUGCCGCAUGGGCCAUUUGUCCUUGCAUAGAAAACGCCAAGGAUGCAGGUGAGAUGGUUCGAUCAUUUGUGGGUGGUCUGGAACUGAUUGUCAGCUUACUGCGCUCCAAUAACAUGGAUGUGCUGGCAGCUGUAUGUGCAGCUGUCUCCAAAAUUGCUGUUGAUGAGGAAAAUUUAGCUGUAAUAACUGACCAUGGUGUUGUUGCUUUACUGAGUCGCCUCACGUGCACGAAGGACGACAAACUUCGGUGCCCUCUCACCGAGGCUAUUGCACGAUGCUGCACGUGGGGAACAAAUCGCGUAGAAUUUGGCCGGGCUGGUGCAGUCAGCCCUCUGGUCGGCUACCUUAAUUCUACCGAUCCAAACGUGCACAGGUCUACAGCCAAAGCUCUGUUUCAGUUAAGCCGGGAUCCCAACAACUGUGUGACUAUGCAUGACGCCGGAGUCGUAAAGCCCCUACUUCAGAUGGUUGGGUCCCCCGACAUGGAAUUACAAUCCGCGGCCGCGGGUUGUAUAAGCAACAUUCGUCGCCUUUCUUUGGCAAACGAAAAAGCUCAACUUACACGGUUGCACGCACAAAAACAAGAUAAAAAAGCAAAGGAGCAAAAGCUAGAAGUAAAGAAGAGAACAAAAAUAGUUGAAUUGAAGAAAAGCGCAACACCAACGGACCAACCGGAUGAAGUACAAAAGCCACCGGAUUCUCCUCAGUCCCCACAACACAAACCAUCGAACGAGGUGCCUGAUGGGGAUGAGGGAAGACAAGUUUCAAACGAGAAGGAGGCUGAGAAAGUACAAAACGAAUCCACCGCCAACUAGUCCAUCAACUCGCAUUGAAAAAAAGAGAGGAAUGAUGAAGAUUGACUAAUGCAACACCAGGGACAAUUUAUGUGGCUAACAAAAUUCCUUGUGGUUCUGAGAUUUUUCAUUUAGGAGCCAUAAAAGAACAGAGUAACAAACCCGUUUUACAUAGCUAAUGCGCACAAUGCAAGAUGACCCAUAUUGUGCCUUCACUUAAAGGUGAGAGUUUUCAGUAUAUUUUCCACUUGAAGGA